CUUUUUCUUUUUCUUUGUAGCAAACAAUAAUGCUUGUUAGAACAAUAUGCUUGUAUUUUAUCUUGCUGUUUAGUGUUAGGGCAGAAGAUAUUGCUACUACCCUUUACCCUCAUAUUUACACUAAUCUAAACAAUUGGCCAUGUGUGAAACUGUUGAAUGCUACAGGAACAAUCGGAUGUCAUUCACUAAAAAAGAAGAGUGGAGUACUCUAUCAAGCAAAUACAACUCAAGAUCUGGAUAACUUUAUCCAUAACAACAGCUUGACUAAUGAUGCUGCAGUUAUUCUUACGCUUGAUUUGCUUACUACAAGUAACUUAGAACAGCUAAUUCAGACCAAGAAAGUAGCAGGCAUUAUUGUCUUGGUCAAGAACGAGUUGAAUAAUACCAAUAUUCCUUCACCUGAUUCAACUUGUCCUAACUGCCAAUUUGGAUUAUAUGCAAACGAUUCUGAUCCAUACCAAUGGAAUUCACAAGCACUUAAUCUAAUAGAACAAAGCUUUGAUAUACCCAUAUUUGCAAUCAAGCCGAUCGACGACAUAUCCAACAAUGUUUAUAACCAAAUCAAUCAAGCUGUAGCAUACAAUGCAGAGAAACAGUAUAGACAAUAUCCACUAAAGGCUGUUGAUUUUGAUUUAUUCAUGUGGGCAGCAGUCAAUGCAAAAACAUGUCUACGAAGAGGUUGGUGCCAGCCAGUUGGUGGGAUGAGCGUUUAUUCUACACCAUCAAUCAAUCUUGAUGCAGACGACAAUAAGCCAAUCAUUGUCGUCUCUUCAAAGCUGGAUAGUCGCGCCUUGUUUCAUGAUCUGACCAUAGGAGCCUCCAAAGAUAUUUCAGGGCUAGUUGCCGUACUAGCUGUUGCUGAAGCUUUAUCGCGUGCUCCUGUAGUAUUAGACACUUUACCAAAGCAUAUUCUGUAUACCUUAUUCACAGCAGAGGAUUGGGCAUUUGCUGGAUCUCAGCGAUUCGUAAAGGAUAUCACGUCUCCUUUCGAGUGCACCAAUGCUACAAGGGCUAUACCCUGCCCUUAUCUGAAUGCGACAUGUACUUUCCCUUGCGUUCGAAAUGCAGAUUUUAAACGUAUUCGUUUUGACAAGAUAGAAAGUGUUUUUGAGUUCCAGUCUGUUUCCGGCAUAAACUCUGAUUAUAUGGGUUAUUAUAUUCAUGUUGAUGAUCAAGAGCUAAAUCAACCUCUUGUCGCAUCUCUUGAGAAAUAUCCCGGUCUGAAAUCUGCUAGCUCAGAUGGCAUACAAAGAAAGCUCCCUCCAAGUAGUGCCAUGAGCUUUCUUCAACAGAGCCGCAAGAUAAAGGCAGCCGUCAUUACCGAUUACCAAAGCAAACUUGGAAAUUACUAUAACAGUGAUUUGGAUUAUCAAGUGGAUUUGGAUAAAAUGACAAGCUCAAUAUGCAGACUUGUCAAUUCCACUGCUAAUGCUAUUUAUAAUGAAGCCUCAAACGGAAAUAGCAACUCCUCCUUGAUCUCGGCUAACUGCACUCUUGUUCAUUCUCUGCUUGAUUGUCUUGUAUCGAACUUUUCAUGUCCACUGAUGCAAAAUUACUUUAACGUAUCUGGUAUCAGUACAAUUAGCCACUAUGCGUCCGUUUUAUCCUUCCAAAACCCACAGCCUCAACUCAUACCAAGGUUUGUGUUGAGCUUCUUGAGCGCCUUGAACGGUAAAGCAACGAAUCGUACAUGUACAACCAUUCAAGAUUGCGCAGUGGGGGAAUACUGCAUCAUGCAAAAAUGCAUCAAAUCACUUACAAAUUACCAUGAAGCGUACGGAACAGGGUUACAGUAUGAUGAAAGAAAGAAUAUCGUAAAAAUAGUUGAUCCAAGCAAAGGAACAUGGGUUGAAAGCACAUGGGACGAGCCUCAGCUAAGGAUAUUCAACAUAACGUCAAAGAUACACCAAGCUGUUGAACUUGUGAUAGGGCUUUUAUGGGCUAUUGUAAGUUUUGCAACUGUUUGGUUCGUGAAAGGAUACUUGCGUAAAUCCCUAAAGGUUGAAUAAUAAUAAUAAUAAUAAAAG